AUUCUGAAAAUAUUUAGUAAAUUCAAUACUAAUAAUCCAUUAUAUUUUUAAAAAUAAAAAAUUAAUGAAAUUAUCUAUUUUUAAAGGACAUUCGAAAUUCGUUUUUUUAGGCUUAUCAACAGGAGGAUUAGGAUAUUAUUAUUAUUAAUAAACAUAAUAAAAAAGCAAUAAGUAUACUAAAUAAGAUUAUAGUUCAUCUGAUAAUAAGAGUUCAUAAUCGUUAGAUUCAACAUAGGAUUCAAUAAAAAAUGUUAAUUAAUUUUUAUACAGUGUAUCUGUUAGGCCACAUAGGCUAAAAUUGUAAAAAGGAGGAGAAGAUGCAAAUUAUGCUGAGCAAAAUUUAAUUGCUGUUGCAGAUGGAGUAGGUGGAUGGGCGGAUAAUGGAGUUGAUCCUGCAGAAUAUAGCAACUUAUUAAUAAAGAAUUUAAGAGAAAUAUAUAACACAAACAAGACUAAAUAUAUAUAAAAUCCAAAAGAAUUACUCAUAGAUUCAGCUUAAAAAACAAAUAUAUUAGGUUCAAGUACUCUAGUAAUGUGCACAUUAGAUUAAAAUAAAGAUAUAUUAAAUACUACUUAUAUUGGAGACUCAGGAUAUUGUUUAUAUAGAUUCGACGAAAAAGGAAAUAUUAAGUUAGAACAUAUGUUUACUGAAUAAUAAAAGUCUUUUAAUUUUCCUUAUUAGAUUGGAGGAAAAGAUCAUGGAGAUAAACCUUAAACUGCAUUAAAGUUUGAACACAAAAUCAAAAAUAAUGAUGUUUUGAUUGUAGGUUCAGAUGGUCUUUUUGAUAAUUUAGAUAAUACUUAAAUUUAAAAAUAAAUUUAAUAGGCAGUGUUAAAAAAUAAAAAGAACAUUGUUAAUGUUUAAAAAUUAUCUUCAGAUAUUGCAGAUGAAGCUUAAGAAAAAUCAUUAUCUAAAAGUUAUGAUUCUCCUUUUGCUUAAAAAGCUAGAGCAUCAAAACGUUUCUUUUAUGGAGGAAAGGAAGAUGAUAUAACUGUGGCUGUAGCUUAAAUUGCAUUGAAAGAUAUUUGA